AUGACCAAAGCGAAAUUCGACGCCUCAAAGGCUUACUCGCCAAAGGAAGAAGAAGGAACAGCUUUCUUCGACGACGGUCGCGAAAUUGAGCUCCUGCACUUUGUGUUCUCGUACCCAAAUCUGGAUAUCAUCCGAGGCUCACCAGCCAACGUCCUCAAGGCAAUUGACGAGUAUGGUCGGACGAAGAAGUAUCUCAUGAAUGUAGGCGAAGAUAAAGGGAGGAUUGUCUGCAACUUAAUAGCGGAUGUUAAGCCGCAAAUCAUGGUAAAACUACUCCCUAUCCAUAUAUAUUGCAGCAGCUUUCUAGUCGCUCAGGUCGAGCUCGGAGGCUACGUCGGAUACUCGUGUAUCCUCUUCGGCGACGCAGUCCGCAAAGCAGGUGGACAACGAUAUUACAGCCUAGAAAUGAAACCCGAAUUCGCGGCAGUGAUCAUGUCGCUGGUCGACCUUGCCGGUCUGUCAGACGUCGUCAAGGUGGUCGUUGGGAAAAGCGACGCGUCAAUUGCUGGCCUCUACCACGAAGGGAUCCUAAAGCACAUCGACCUCAUGUUCCUCGACCACUACAAGCCGGCGUACGCGACAGAUCUGAAACUCUGUGAGGCGCUAGGACUGAUCACGCCGGGCUCGGUCCGCGCUGCGGAUAACGUGAUUUACCCUGGGAAUCCGCCGUAUCUGGAGUAUGUGAGGAAGAGCGUAGAGGAGAGGCGGAAAAGUGCUGGGGAGAUGAGGCGUCCUGAGAGUCUGCCUGACCGGACGGUCAACCAGUAUAAGGAGAGAUAUGGCGAGAUGGGGUUUAAUCAGAGUGGCGGGAACCCUAAUUUGGUGUAUGAGAGUAAGCUAGUGCAUAGCUUUGGGCCGACGGGUAAACCGGUAAGAUCCCACUCCGAAAUGAGAUGA